GAAUGGUAUAUGAAUGCAGGAAAUGGCAACAAAAGCUAAAGGAAGUUCAAAACUGAUGAGUUUGUACAAAUUGUGGUCAGAAUUAGAUGAAGACUUUAAACUCUUAAUUAACAACAGAAUUGAUAAUAAUGGUGAUGGAAGUUCUCUGUUGACCCUCUUGAGACUUAUCCCCGGUAAACGUGUGGAAAUUUCAACAUUUUUGUUGCAAGAGUUCAUGACACUUUAUGAACAUACAAAAAAUGAUUUUUAUUUUAGGGUCUGUGGUCAACAACACAUGAACGUCACAUUGGAGGACGUUUUAUUUUUGACUAAUUUGCCUAUUAUAGGCCGGCCCAUUGUCCCCACCGACAAUAGAGAUCAAGAUGCUUUCUAUCGACUUUUUUCAGAAAGGACAUCUUUACUUAGCCUAGUCAAGUUGAGAAAUAUUUGUUGCGAUACAAAUAGAAAUAGUGAUGAGAGGAUCAAGGCUGUCCUUCUCAUGAUUGUGACAUGCCUAAUUGCUCCAAAUGGGAACGGACAAAACUGCAAAACUUCUUACGUCCAAUUUAUCGAAAAAUUGGACGAAGUAAACUCUUAUGCUUGGGGAGCUGCAAUGUUAGCAUACUUGUAUCAAGGUAUGAAGGAAUGGAAGACCAAAGAUAAGGCAAUUGACGGCUUCACAUGGCUUGUAAUGGGCUUCUUCUUUUCCCAUUUUAGAGGUCUUUAUACGAUCUUCAAUAUUACUGCGGAGGAAAAUCAGGCUCAUAAUAAGCCAAAAUUGGCAUAUUUGAUAGAGUCACUUGGGAGAACCGGCGCAAACCACCACAAGAAGAUCAACAGCGCAUUAUAGUUGCAGUUGAAUUUGGUACAUGAGCUCCUGAGACAGGAGGAGAAUAUAGAAGCAGAUGUGAGACCCAUUACUUGGCAUCCAUACAAUUUGGAAAUGUUGCCCCCCCACCUACACGAUCAAAUCCAAUAUCGUACAGUCGUCGCCCCUUUAUUUUGCUACAACUAUGUGGAGCGUCAUUGUCCACAUGUUGUAGCAAAACAGUUUGAGGUCCUUGAUGGAGUUGAAUUACAACAUGUUGGAUCUGAUAUGAAAACGAUAAAAUUCAAAGCAAAUAGAGGAAAUUGUUCAAUCAAUUUCCGAAAUCAUUAUAAAAAAGAGGUGGUACAAUGGGAUGAAAUUGGUAGUCGGUUAGCAGAAAACUUCCAGCCUGCUCAACAAUCCACUCCUGAGCCAGAAGCUGCUUACCAAACACCCACUUUUGAAGUUAGUCCAACCAAUUCCCCGCAUCUCUCCGAACAGGUUGACACUAGUGAAGCAGAAAACUUCCAGCCUGCUCAACAAUCCACUCCCGAGCCAGAAGCUGCUCACCAAACACCCACUUUUGAGCUAGAAGUCACUCACCAUUCACCCACUCCCGCGCAUAAUGCCACAUUGGAAGUUACUCCAACCAAUUCCCCGCAUCUCUCCGACGGUGAUGUGCAUUCUUCUCCACCAUCAGACCAUGUUAUGUUUGACACUAGUGAAGCCGGGGAAAAUGCGGGGGAGAAUGUGGGGCAUCGCAAACGCCGUAGACCUGGCAUGGCGACUCCUACAUCAUAUUGGGUGGAUCUUCAGGAGGAGGACCUAUUCGUCGACAUCGCUCGACCACAAAUCCAUCUUUCUCUCUGCCCAAGGUCACAGAAUUCGAUGAGGAGGACCUCGAUAAAGAAUUGUGGACACUUUUGAAAAACAAUGAGGUUCCUUCUUCCAGGCAAGUAUUCAUAAUGUUCCAUAUGUCACUUAAGGACAAGAAGAAGCUGCGAAAUACUCCUGCGAAGAAUGUGUACAAUAUGGCAAAGCAGGUCGAGAAAACCUACAGGUAUUUUUAAUAUGUUUUGGAUUUUAGUUUGCUGCAAACACUAAUUUAUUUUCCGCUGCUUAUAAAAUAAAUUUAUACGUGCAUGCUUUAUGUGAAUAAGUGAAUGUAAUGCUUUAAAGGUUUACCGUUUUAUGGUAUAUCUUAGAAUUGAGUUUUGGCUUGUAAGGUGAGGAUUGCCUCUUACUUGUAAACAUUUGUUCAGGCCUUCUCGCAAGCGAUGUGGGACUUCUUUAACAGUAUAUACCAAUUAAUAUGUUUUGGCUUUUAUAUAGUAAUGAAUAAAUGAUGAAGAAGAAGUGAUACCAGAACUUUGUUUGUCCUAAAACACAAGUCCAAAUUAACUUGGUUUUAAUAGAAAUUGCUGCUUAAAUCUGAUGAUACCCUUAUUGUCGGAACAGUGAUGCUUUGUAUGGUUUCCAUAUUAUUGUACUCUUAUUUCUAUCAUGUACAAAGGAAAAUGAUUUUUUUGGAAUUUCUUAUUCUUCUUUUAUGUUUACUAUAAUACUAUAAACUAUGUAUGCUUUGUUCUUACUCUUACCUUUUUUUCAAUAGAUUCAUUUACUCAUUGCCUACGUAACAUAGUCUAGAUUUACUACUAAAUGUUGCAUGCCAUGUUUCAUGAGAAGUUAUUUUGU